UCAUCUUCUUUUGAAGUGAAUAUGCAUUUAUCGGUACUUACCCUUGUGUGUUCAGUUGUUUAUGGCGUAAGCCGCCUUUCAAUGCCGGAUCUGAAAGGUGUUAACUUCGCUAAAACGAUAACAGGGCGAAAGCUGAACGAAAGUUCGAUAAGAGAAGUAGAAGUGGUUUCGGAGAGGGCUUGCCAAUUUCGAUGCGUUGAAGAAGAGAGAUGUCUCUCCUACAACUUUGGAACUACAAAGAGCAACCCUGAGGUGUUCAAAUGUCAACUGAGCGACUCUGAUCGAUUUGUUGGAGUUGUCAACUUCAUUGAAGAGAAAGAUUUUACUUACGGCGGUGUACAGAGCUCUUGUGAAGAGGACAGUUUCCAAUGUGGUCACAAAGGAGUCUGCAUUCCCAACUAUCAACAUGGCAGUGCACAGUGCCAGUGUAAUCAUAACUACACAGGAAAACCCUGUAACCCAAAAAGCUGCAGCCAGCUGCUCCGAGAUGGUUUCAACGCCAGUGGCGUGUACACCAUCAAUCCAGAUGGUGGCAAACCAAUCCAAGUGUUGUGUGACAUGUCAACGAAUGGUGGAGGCUGGACCGUUUUUCAGAGACGUGUUGACGGCUCUGUUGAUUUCUUUCUUGAAUGGAAAUCCUACAAAAAUGGCUUUGGAAAUCUAAAUGGCGAGUUCUGGCUUGGAAAUGACAACCUUCAC